UUCUACAAAACACCUGUACCGAGAGCUCACUAUUCGAGGGUACGCUCCGCUCAUGGUGAGAUUGCACGGGGGACGUGAGGACGAGAACUUCAAGUAUCACACGAAACUCACUACAAACAAUACAUCAGCGAGUUGGCUGACGCACAUAUAGCUGAAUAGUUGAUUGUAUGAACACUCGAGCUGUAGAGGAACGUUUACAGACAUUAUGCUGUUAAUAAUGGCGACGAAUCGAUUUACGCCGCAGGUGAUAUUUAAAGAUUGAACAAUUGAGGAACUUGUGUUGCGGAUGGAAAAACGUCAUGUGCUAUCUAUUUACAAAUCAUUAAGGAAAAGGUUGAGGUUGUAUUUCUGUCUGGUGUCUUCUCAAACCACUUUGUUAUCAGAGCGAUAGUGGUAUUCACUUCACUCAGUUAAAAGCCUGGCUACGACGCUGCUGAUUUAUCUGUGUUUUUCACAACUCUGUCUGUCAGGAAGAAUUAAAAAAACGAUCGAUCUACCGUCAUUCGUUACGAAAUAUACACUUUUAGCCAUGAUAAAUGACACUGAUAACGGUACAAACAAGAUGGCGACCGGAGCAGACGAUUGCGGAGAUAGCAACUCCAAUGUUCUGAUGUCAACGUUAUUGGACGACGCUAUAAAGGAAAGGGAUAAUAGAGUGUCACCAACUUUGGAUGAAUGCAUACAGCAAGUGGUUUGUACGAACGGAUCACGACUGAAGGCGAUUAAUGGUCUCAAAUAUAAAAUGGCCGCUUCAUUUACGAAUCAGCUGAUGGAGAGGAUAAUGGCGUCUUGUCCCUCGUGGAGGCGAUAUGUUGCAAAGCCUAACAGAUCUGAAAAAACGGCAGUGCUGUUUAAAGAAGACUUUGGUUCCUUCGUAUGCCAUGUGCAUCUCAGGAGACCGACCCGACUCUCACCAUUUGUAUUUGAGGGAAGUCGUCUGCCCUCGAAUUACGGAAAGGUCAAGGUCAAUCCCCGCGACAGCAAGGAACAGCAGAUGUCUGUGCUGCAGGAAUGGCGGGAUUGUGUGGACAAGAAUGGGUAUCUCAGAUCGGACUGUGUGUUGAAGUGGUUUAACAAAGGUUUGGUGAAGGCGGGGAAGGACAUGGCGUCAUCGGGCUGCUGGGAACAAUUGGAGGUUCAGCACCUUGUGACCGCUGCGGGCGUCGUCAUCAUGUGUGUCACAGCAACCUCUUCACAAGUCAAGACACAAGAAGAUUCAACUCAGUCCUCUCCUGUCUGCUUCAACAUCAAGUUCGUCCCUUGCUUAGACUGGGUGAAAGUCCCACCAGGACACAUAACCCUCCCCACAUCACCGUGUCACCCCUUUCCCCGGAUGAAGAAGAGUCUGCAGGAGAUGAUGAAGAAGGUUGGUAAGAGAGACCGAUGUACCCUGGUGCUAGAGGCGAUCAAACUCGCCGAAUCUGAUGAACCAUCUCAAUGGAGGAUGAGUUUGAUGAAGUAUGACCGUGAGCUUCUGAAACUGAUGAACGAACCUUCAUUCCCUUUCUUCACUAAAGACUUAUUGGUUCUGGUAGAGAGCCUCGUCCAGAGCGGUUCUGUUCCUCUGUCUGCCCUGACCAAGCAAGUGCUCCUGCAGACCCUCCUAAACUCAAUACCGAGGUUCCAACACGAGGAGUGUCCCCGGGAUGUGAUAUUCCUUGACAUACUUGACAACAUGGCCAAAUGCUUCUCUGGCAGAUACUUGAGGACGUUUCUCAUUCCGUCUGUGAACAUUUUGAAAGAUGUUGAAACCUACGAGAUAGAGAGGACGGCGAAAGGUUUAGGCAAGCUCCUGGGGGACCUCAGACAAAGGCCCGAGCUGCUACUGGUUCAUGUGGGGCUGUGUACGCGGCUGGAGACGAUGACGGGCAUGAAGGGCACCCGACGUAGGAUGCCAACUGGUCGGCGUUGAGAUCUACAAUACAGGCCCCGUUCACAAAGUCAUCUUAGCGCUAGGUCUGUCGUAAAUCUAUGUAAAUAUGGGAGUUACGAUCAUCUUAGCGCUACGAUCGCUUUAUGGAACGGGGCCCUGGUCACCAAUAAGGCUGUUUCAUGACACUCAAGAACAACAGAAUUCCGUCGGUGGUAGUUAAUAUUGUGUAUGACAGUGCCUUGAUUCGUGCCACUUGUUUCCUAAUGGUGCGUUUGGUUAGCCUAAUGAUCUAACCUUGACUCGUCAAGUCGUAGACCCAGGUUUUAUUCCCUGUAUGGAUGAAAUGUGUAAAUCCAAUGCGAUAUCAGCUGUCUUGAUAUGGUUGGAAUAUUAGUAAAAGUGGCGCUUGACAUUACUCACUCAUAUAAUAUAAUAUUUAUUGAUUUAUAGUACUUUAUAUUGCUAUUAUUUGCUGGUUUGCGAAUGUCAUUUACAGAAGGUCCGUGAAGGACUGGGGUAGAAUUGGUCAACGGGAUCGGGUGGUCAGCCUUGCUGACUUGGUUGAUGCAUGUCAUCGUAUACUGAUUGUGUCGAUCGAUGCUCAUGAUGUCAAUCACUGGAUUGUCUGGUCCAGACUCGAUUUUUUUUUUACAGACCGCCGUCGUAUAGCUGGAAUAUUGCUGAGUGCGGCGUUAAACAACAAAAACCUUUUUUCAGAAGCAAUCUAAUAAUUACAUCGUGGAUCGAUGUCUGUGCUACUAUAGUUAUUGGUUAGCUUAUUCCAGCCUCGACCGAACAAACAUCAAAUGGGUUUAUUUGAUCCACAAUCAAAGGCAGAUGGAAAGAAAUCUGUUUUGAAAUGUUACAGAAACGACACUAUUAGGUCGAAUUAUCUAAUAGUCCGUGUCUGGCUCGCAUAUAUGUUUCUGAUAUUAAAUAUAAGGUGAGGUGAGGUGAAAGUGGGUUUAACGUCGCGUCCAAGAUAUUGCACUUAUAUA